AUGGAAUUUUAUUUAAAAUUAAUAAUUUUUGUAAUCUCGAGUAGCUUAAGCUUCAGUUACGUUAUUGAGGGCGAUGAACCUGGGAACAGCAUAUUAUGGCCGACGGAAUACUACUUAAAGGCUGAGACAAUGGAUCUUAAAACUGGCGUUGUAGAGCCCUUCGAAGUUUGGUACAGCGCUGAAAAAAACAAAACCCGCACAGAUUAUUAUGAAGGAAUGGUAAAGCGUUACUAUUACGGUGAAUCUGAAAAUAACUCUGCAACGAUAUACCAGAUUAAUCCCGUCACUAAUAGUUAUGAGACGAAUGAGAUGGUAUGUCGUAGCUAUGGUGGUGAUGACUUAGUAGAUUACUUACCGAAUGCCGACGACUUUACGUACCAAGGCGAACAAACGAUUGAUGAUAAAACAGUACAAGUAUGGAAAAGUGAAGGCAACGACGAUGAUAUGGCGUACAAAGUCGAGAAGGUCCUCUACACGUAUAGAGAUGGAGACACUGACGCUCCAGUUAGAUUGGAGGAGAUCAAGUACAGAUUGUGGACCAACGGGUUGGACGAUCACACCAUCACCAACUUCUAUGUCUUCAAGACGAUCCUUAAAUCAGAAGACCUGGAAGUCGAGAACUUGGAUUAUUGCGAUGAAUUGGGGAAAUUGGGUGACAACUUAAGAAUUGAUCUGCAAAUCUUGCAUCCUGGCUUUUCCGGAGAUGUUGACAAAGCUUUCAAUAGUUUUAAGAAACAUUACAAUAAGAAGCAUGGCAAACACGAGCAUGAAAUGAGGAAAGCGAUCUUUAAGGAAAACUGGAGGCGUAUUGUUGACCACAAUAAAAAGAAUCUUGGAUACAAGUUGGAGGUAAAUGCGUUCGCUGAUCGAUCAGAAGAGGAGUUGGCUUACCUUACCGGAACCAGACCGUCUGGACCUCAAGCGAUGGGUACCAUACCCUUCCCUCAUUCGGAAAAAGAGCUAAAGGCAAUGGAAGAAGAAAUUCCCCUAAACUACGACAUGAGGCAGGAUGGUGUGAUCUCACCUGUUAAAAAUCAAGGUGAAUGCGGCUCAUGCUGGGCUUUCUCUACCACCGCUGCAGUAGAAGGAGCCCUCGCCAGAAGCAACGGCGGCCGGAACAUCGAUCUUAGCGAGCAGUCCCUGGUAGACUGUGCUUGGGAUCAUAAUAUGGGAUGCGAUGGUGGCAUUUUGGACGAAGCGUUCAAAUACAUCACCAUAAAUGGCAUUCCUUCUCAGAGGGAAUAUGGACCGUAUUUGCAACAGGAUGGUUACUGCAAGUUGGAGAAUAUGACACAGGUGUACAGUAUCAAAGGCUUCGCUAAAGUGCCUUCGCUGAGCGAGAGUGCUCUCAAAGUAGCGCUCUUAAAGUACGGCCCAGUCACUGUCGGCAUAUACGCUGGGAGGAACAUGAAAUUUUACUCUAGUGGCAUAUUCUAUGAUAUAGACUGUUCAAAAAAAAUGCUCAACCAUGGUGUCACGGUGGUUGGAUACGGAGUGCGUGAUGGUACUAACUACUGGAUUAUUAAGAACUCCUGGGGUGAAGACUGGGGUGAAGAUGGCUACAUCCUCGUGUCCACAGUCAACGACAACUGUAACGUUAUGUCCGAAGCGUACUAUCCGAUUGUUUGA